AUGCUGCCUAAAAAAAACGAGCCCAAAUCGAGCAAUAAACGAGAAGACGAGGAAGAAAAGGAGAAGAAUUCUUCAAGGGAACCAUCAACUUCUACAGCUGAUCAGGUUUGUUCCAUUGACGAUGCGACGACGAUCUUUGAGCGACUGCACAUUACACAAGGAAUACCACAAAAAGAUGUGAAGAAACCACUCGAGAAAAGGGAUAACAUGAAAAAGACGCAAGGAGCCGCCGAUGUUGACACUCGCCCCUUUGCCUAUCAACUCCGGGUUCGAUGGCGAUGGCGUCCGUACUGUUUGCCGAAACGAUUCAAAGCGUCGCGAAACGAUAUGGAUGUGAUCAAAACGUUAGAAAGGAUAAAAUGGAGAGAAGAGGUUGAUGUGGACGAACUUCGAAAUAAAUUACUCGUCCCAAUACCAUGUUCUGUUGAGGCAUCCCGUAUCGCCUCUGUAGUUCAACAAGAUCACGAGGUUGAUGAGCUGGCCGAGUACUUUGGUUGUUUCGUUUGUGUCGAGUCGAAAAUGUCUGCGUUGGCCGAGUCGAUGUAUUGU